AUGGCCUUCUUCCAUCUCCUCCUCAAGUGUUACGAGCUCGGCACCUGUUCUCAGAUCCGGGACUCGCGGGCGUUCUCCUUGCCCCGUCGUGUCCUCUGCGCCUUCGACCUGUUGAUCAACCUGCGUCUAUUCGGGCUAGGAGCGCAGCUCGAGACGCCGAUCGAAGCUCGAGGUUCCCGCUCCUCUCGUGCUCGGCCAGAGCGCCAUCUCUCCCAUCUGUACCGCCUCGUCCCGCCCAGCCGUCUAGACGCAGUAAUCGGGCACGCCUUCGACGCCUGGCUCGGGUACGCCAUCGCCAGUCUUGUGAUCAGCGCGAUUCGCUUCGCGUGCGGCGCCGUGCAGUCUUCCGGCCCCUACGACGUCUGGUCGCUUCAAGGCGGCGCCGGCGCGCUGGGCCACGAAAGCGUGUUCAUGCCCGAUGGCGAGGCGAUGACGGCGCACAAUGGCUGGGGCCCGCUCAUGGUCUUUUGUGCGCGUAGCUUUCUCAUCCCCUUUUUGGCGGUGCAGCUGCUCACGGCCAUCUACCAUUUGUGUGCUACGUUCUUCGUGGCCACGAGGCUGUGGAGCGUCGAGGGUUGGGCCAUCGAUCUGUUCUCCAACCCCGGGGCUGCGGACUCGUUACUCAAUUUCUGGAGUCGGCGGUGGCAUCAGGUUCUAAGACACGACUUUCUCAUCCUCGCGUCGCUCUUUGAGCCCUUUGUGCCCUCCCUCUUCCGCGUGUGCUUGCCCUUUGGUGCCUCGGCCAUCCUGCACGCUCUGAUGGGGUUGAACUCUACGAGUCCCCCCGAUCCCGCGAAACAGCUUACCUUUUUUGCGAUCCACGGCCUGGGCUUUCUCAUCGAGCUGAGCUACAACCGCAUCAAGGGGAAGCGCGUUCACGGGUUCUGGGGCCGGAUCUGGUUCCUCACCAUCAUGGGACUGACUGCGAAUGUGUCUGGCGGCGCAUGGACGGAUGCGGGCUGGGGCGUCAUUGUGGAUUGGAUCUUCCCCCCGGGAGGCACAGGGGACAAGGUCGUCCUCAGAGGUGUGGAGUAUGCGAGGCGGUAUAUCCACAAUUGGAGGAUGAAGCGUGUGUGA